GCUCAUCAACAAGCGACGCUGGUGCACUGGAUAGUAAGCCGUCUUUCCGUUUCAGAUUCUGUGAGACAAACAUUUCUUCUUCGCCCCGGUGUUUUUUCAAGCCGAUUUUGGCCGCCUCUUUUACCUAUCUGUACCUAUCUUUGCCCUCUGAAGGAUUUGUCCCGUUGUCCCCCGUACUAGGUUUAUUCCACCCGCAGAGUUUAGCACGCUGCAAGAGUCUUUCCUUUGGCUCCCACAUCACAAGUACGCACCUGUGGUUGAUUGCCAUUGGUUUCGUUCUAGCUGAAGACGGGACGGAUAACCACAAUUGAAUUUGAAAUUUGUUUUCAACCCGCAAAGAAGUACUUGCACAAAGGAUUCAGUUGUUCAAGGGCAGCAAUUAUAAUGUGCGGCAUUUUGGCGAUUCUGGGUCUGCCGGACGCCCCGGCGUACCGAAAGCGGGCGAUCGAGUUGCAAAAGAUGAUCCGGCACCGUGGCCCGGACUGGAGCGGCAUCCACGUGUCCGCGAAAAACAUCAUCUGUCACGAACGUCUAGCCAUUGUCGAUCCGGAAUCUGGCGACCAGCCGCUCUACACGCGGAAGGACGAUUCUUUGGUCCUCGGCGUCAACGGCGAAAUCUACAACCACGUGGAGCUGGAGGAGAAGUUUUUCGACGCCUCGGCAGACGAGAUCCGCCUGCGCCGGAGCCUGCGCGCCACGGGCGCGGCCGGCGGCAGCCGAAGCAGCGGGAGCGUGAAGGAGGAAGGGACCAGCGACACGGAACUGGAAGCCUGCCCCAGGACCGGCUCGGACUGCGAAAUUUUAUCAACUGGGAUUAUUAUUCGUUUUUUCCACACAACAGGGGAGAAUCACUUUUGGUCUUGGAGGAAAAGAAAGAACGGUUAGAAGUAGCUACCACAGUUUGGGAGGCUUUUUUGUAAGUGUGCCACAACAUCAGCAGGGUCCAUUCCUUUUGUGUUUGGUGAGUAAUUUCAUCGGAGGACGAGGAUGUUCCACUUGUAUAUGUACUUCCACGACAAGGCAACAAGUAGAGUUUGUAUAAAACGCGCAAGCGCUAGUAUGCUUGUGUAGGCAGCUCUGUAUCGAUUCACUCUUGUUGUCGGAGGAAACAAAACAAAUUUUCCAUUCCACAACACCUUCUCCACCUCUACGCGCGGGACGGCGCGGAGUUUUUGAAAAAGAACCAGGUGUGCGGCAUGUUCGGGUGCGUGAUCCUGGACGAGCGAACGGGGGCUUUCGUGGUGGCCCGGGACGCGAUCGGGAUUAUCCCCCUCUACUACGGCCAGGGGAAGGACGGCAGUUUCUGGGUGGCGUCGGAGAUGAAGGUGCUGGUCAAGGAGUGCGUGCAGUUCCACGAAUUUCCGCCCGGUAUGGUGUACGACUCGCGAACGCAGAAGUUUGAGCCGUAUUUAGUCGGCGACAGCAAAACCGCCUGGUUUCUGCAGGACCACAAGGUCCUCAGCGCCUACCCGCCGCCGCCACAGAAGCGCAUCACGCCAGCGGAGCUGCGGCACGCCUUUGAGGACUCCGUGAAAUCCCAUCUAAUGGCGGACGUGCCGUACGGAGUUUUGCUGUCGGGAGGCUUGUAUGCACGGGAAAUACGAUGUUCAUGUUCCGCGGGUCUGGAAGAAGGAGACGGUGGAUUUAGCUUGUCAUGCAGAAACUCUCGGAUGAAUACGCACAAUGCAGUGUUCUAGAAUGCGCACGUAGGCACCACAGGUUUUAGGAAUUACUCUGGUUAUGCGUAGUCCGCAACGUCGCGGAGUCGCUCUGAGCGUACCAACAGUGAGGCAGCGUUGUUUCGCGCUAAUAGUACCGCAAUGUGCUCCCUUCCUCGCGUGGAAAUUAAACUGAACGUACAAAAAAUCUACUUCUUUUCAGACUAGCGGAGCCCCGUAUUUCCCAUGCAUAAAUUGGACAGUUCCCUGGUUGCUUCCAUCACGGCCAAGGCCAUCCGCGCGCAGGGCGCCGAUCAGUGCGCACAGAGCGGGUCGGAGGCACCGCUGCGACUUUCGCGAUUGCACUCCUUCUGCAUCGGCCUCGAAAACAGUCCCGACCACAAGGCGGCAAAGCAAGUAGCGGAUUUUCUCGGAACGGUGCAUCACGCCUACACUUUUACCUUGCAGCAGGGAAUCGACGCGCUGCGAGAGGUACUUUGCUACUCUAGGUGGUGCUAGGUCUUGUGAAAAUGCAGGAGCUUGGAAGUCCGGAACAGGUGCCGCUUGUUGCGGGUAGAGUAAAACUGCGUAGAUAUGCAAACUCGGUACGACGAGUUGCGUAAAUUCGCUUCCACAGAAGAACCAACCGUGCAGGUGAAUGUCAAUGCAGCACCUAUUCUUGUAGUGCGCUCUUUACAUUUUGCAAAAACAGAAGAAUUAUCCCCGUGGUCACAUUCCCCACCACACAACAGGUGAUUUACCACAUCGAAACCUUUGACGUGACCACGAUCCGGGCCUCCACCCCGAUGUUCUUGAUGAGCCGAAAAAUCCGGGCCACGGGCAUCAAAAUGGUGCUCUCCGGUGAGGGCGCGGACGAGAUUUUUGGCGGGUACCUCUACUUCCACAAGGCGCCCAACCGUGAGGAAUUUCACGAGGAAACGCUGCGCAAGGUGGCGCAGCUGUCCAAGUACGAUUGUCUCCGCGCGAACAAGGCCACGAUGGCCUGGAGUCUGGAGGCGCGGGUGCCCUUCUUGGACCGCAGGUUUCUGGACUUUGCGUUUUCCAUGGACCCAGCGCAGAAGAUGUGCCGCGACGAAGAGACGGGAAAGCCCCGGUGCGAGAAGUACCUGUUGCGCAAGGCGUUUGACGUGGAAAAAGACCCCUACCUGCCCCAGGACGUGCUGUGGCGGCAAAAGGAACAGUUUUCGGACGGGGUGGGGUACUCCUGGAUCGACGCCAUUCAGGAGCACGCCGAAAAAAUCAUCUCGGACAAGCAAAUGGAAGCGGCCAGAUUCAGGUAGGGGUACGGAUAUGGUUUUGUCAUUGCUUCUGUAACGUAGGAUAUUUUCUAUACGUAGUAGCAGAAAGGGUACUAGACCGAAGAGCAACAUAGCCGUGAGUUCUAAAUUUUCUAAAUCAUCGCUGUGUCCCGGCCGCUAGUAGAGAUCUGCAACGAUGCGAAGGCAGGGGUGCGGGCAUGCGAUUCCUGCCAAGAGCAUUCUGCCUCAGUUAAUACUGCCGAGCAAUAGUUGCAGCAAGAUGAACAACUCUUACUGUCGACUCGCAGCCAUUUGAACAUCUUGAAAAGAAUCCUUUGAGAAGAAGCGAGGAGCUGAGCAACUUCUAAAUGUUAACACCACAUCAUACACAUUCCCAGAUUUCCGCAAAAGACGCCGAAAACGAAGGAGGCCUACCUGUAUCGCGACAUCUUUUCAGAGCUGUUUGGCGAGCACAACGUUUCCGCGAUGGAGUGCGUUGCGUGGCAGGAUUCGAUCGCGUGCUCCUCGGAAACUGCGUUGAAGUGGGACGCCAGCUUCCAGAACCGGGCGGACGCCAGCGGCCGCGCGGUCGCGGGCGUGCACGAACAGGCGUACGACAAGGAACGAUUUAACGCGCCGUCGCACUCGGAAGAGCAACCGGGCAGGAAGUCGGGGUGCCAGGCGGACGUGAAAACCCCCUUCACAAGCGCGGACACCUGCAAGGGACGCACCUCCAGCCCGAAGCGGCGAAAGUGCGGUGCGUAAACUGCCGGGAUGGGGCUCCGGCAGGGACGAGUGAUUUUGAAGUUAGGGCAAGGAGUGGUGCAACAGCAUAAAGAUUUACUUACUUUGGAAAAUCUUGACAGAGCAGUUGCAACCUUGUUGACUGGAGAGGGCGAAACUACGAGAACAAAACGUACAUCUAGUGACACGAAAUCAACGAACAUUACUACAGUACUGAAGCAACCCUACAUUAGACACGACCUUACUCGACAGAGCGCAGAGAUUUGAUCUAAACGAAUCGCAGAACCAGUACUACUGGUUUUUGGAAUGUACAGUAGCGUUAGUACGAAAAGCAAAGUGAAGCUAAUGGCUCGAUUGCGCUGAGUGCUCACAAGCCGGGCUGUAUUUUUGUGUUGCGGUUCUCGUGGGAUUCUUACUACCUGAAAUGAAAGUUCCAGAGGCGCGAAUGACACAGGAAACUUUCCAGAAGUAGGUACUAAAACUCGUUGUACCAGACGAGAAAUUGCCGUGAUUUAGAUCCGAAAUGGACGUCGAAAAAGAUCGAAACUCGUACUUCACGCAUAGACAAAAAAGAUCGAUUUUAUCACGCAGCAAAGAUCGCGUCCAGCCUGCACCCGUUAUGAAGUAGCCAGCGUGCCAGAUCUAAAUCGGAUCUAAAUGACGUCGGUCUGAUGUAGUUGGAAGUAGUUUUGCUUGUCCCACCCCUACAGCGAAAUUCAGAUGAAGGCAGAAACUUUACAAACGGUCAGCAAAAUCAAUACAGCUGCAACAGAUCCAGUCUACUACAUCCCCAGAAAAUGGAAGAGAAAGAUCAGUGCAGAUCUGUCGUUUCAGCCCACGAAAACGCGG